AUGUGCAGCCUGCCCGGGGUUAUCCUGCUCCUCCUGACAGGAGCCGCCUCUGCGGAGGAGCCGCGGAUCUGGCAGAGCCCAGUGCAGCUCUGGCUGCCCCCCGGGGCGACGGUGGAGCUGAGCUGCAACAUCUCGGGCAGCCCAUGGGACGCCAAUUGGUACAGGGAGAAGCCGGACGGCAGCUUGGAAUGGAUUUACCAGAGCACAGAGUCCUCGAAACCAAAGGGGAGAUACUCAGGGACGGUGAGAGCACCGGGAUUUUUCUCCUUUAAUAUCAGCGAUGUGCAGCGUGAGGACUCUGGGUCUUAUUACUGCACCUCCUCCGUGUUGCACUCCCACUUCGGGGACGGGACCAGGCUCCUCGUCACAGAUGCCACGGAGCCCAAGCUCUCCAUCCUGGUGCCCGUGGACGCGGAGGAGCCCUCGGACGUUGUCCCCCUGCUGUGCCACCUCCACGACCUCCCCAGGGGCUGGGACACCGUCCGCUGGCACCACGGCAGGGACACCCCGGUGACGGCUGAGGCCGUGGACGAGCGCGGGGUCCUCGGCGCCUGGAGCCUCACCUGGGUCUCGGCCAAGCGCUGGGACGGGGCCGCGGCGUGCAUGGCCACGGAGAGUGGCACGGGCAGGAACGUCAGUGGGGCUGUCAGCGGGACCGUCAGCACAGCAGGAUGCUUCCUGUGGCUGCUGGCGUUCGUGCCGCCCGGCGCCGCCGUCCUCGGGUUGAUCCGGUGGGCAUCCCGGCUCCGCCGAAGGCCGGCCCGCGCAGUGCUGAGACGGGGCCCGGAGACCGAGUGCGAGUACGCGGCGGUGGGGCACUGA